AUGGCUCCCACCACACCCACACCACCAACCGCCUCGGCUCUCUCGGCACUAAUCGACCAUUCAUCAGCCAAAUCCGCCUCGGAGUUUCUGGCGAUCACAAUCCUGCAUAACCUGCAGUAUCAGCACGAGUGGACGGAUCUGAAACUCCAUCUCGCUUGCCUCAGCCAGGGCCCUAGCGCUCAAAAUGGUGCAGCAGCAGGAGGAGGAGGUGGUCUGAUGGCCCUGGACGGGAUCAAAUUCGGUGGGCAUUCGAAUCCUUCUUCAAGAUCGACCUCGCCAUCAAGAUCAGCUUCUCCGUCAAGAUCUGGGUCAUCCACCCCUACGGGAAACGGAUCGACUCCUCCUGCUGGCGGGACAGUCACAGUUCCGAUAAUAUCCGGCCUCCCUCCACAGCACAGCUACCUACAUCCCGACCUGCAGACGUACCUGAUCAAGCACAAGAUCAAGGAAACCGAAAUCCCCGUGCAAAGGGAGUUUGUGCUGCCGCUGGCCCUGGGCGAGAAAUGGAGUUUGGGGAGGUUCUGUGCCGUGUUUGACCAGUUGCCGGAGAGGGAGGUUGUCAGGGUUCGUCAUCCUCGCGGGUCCGCGGGUGCAGUAUACGAACACAAAGACACCAAACGUCUUCUCUGUGGCAUGCGUGCGCGCGAAGGCGGCGGCGGCGACGGCACGGUGGUGUACUACAUCAUGCAAGAAGGGGAGGUCAAGCCCCGGCAGAACGGAUGA